AUGACAACAACAGAGAACACAACAACAGUUAUAGUCCAUGAAGCUAUAAAUGAAGAAUAUGAGUGGGUUCAGUUUAACAAACAACUCCGUCUCAUUCGUUCGGUCAAAGACGAUAUGUACCAAAUGCAAAGUAUUUUGACAGCAUGUUUUGCUCCAGAUACUAAGAAACCACAAGACUGGUUUGAAUUAAAUAGCACUCAUGAACUCCUCAGUGAGUUUGAACAUGUAGAACUUAAAAAGAUGUACCAAGACAGACAAAACUUACCAUCACAUCUAAAAGGUAUAUAUGUUCAUAAGUUCCUAGUUAGUUCAAUAGCAAUGUGGGCUUCACCUCGUUAUGCAAUCUACAUACUUAUGCUACUUGACGAACUUUGUACAAAGCAGAGAGAAGAUAUGAUGAAAGAAGACAAAAGCCUUCAGAAAAGAAUACCACGUUCGGUACCAAAAGGAAAGGAAAAGAACUAUAAGUAUAUGAUUUAUACUGAAGAGAUGGAAAAUGAAGAAGACAGAGAUAUG